GGGCUGGUUCUUCUCGCAUCCAGAGUUCUGAUUCGGAAGCAGGCCGCCAUUUUUUUUUUUUAGGCCAGCCCGCUUUGGCCGGUGUGCAACCACUGUUUUUGCACUCUUUCCGUCUUAGCCUUGGGACGCUCAUAGGCGCUAGGAAAGCAAAACGCGAAAGAUUGAUUCGCGUCGUUCCAUGUCGGCGAGUAUGAACUGGACGGCAGGCCGAUGCGUGCCGGCGUUGAGAGUCGCGGCCGUGCGUCUGCACCAAUCGAUGGUCCCCGCCAAGGCGAUUCGCCUCGGGUGUCCCGUGGCGACUGCAAGCAUCGCGGGAUGCACGCGGAAUCAAAUCGGCGGUUCUCGACGAUCGCUUCAUGGCUCUGGGCACCGCGUUCUGCGGAGACAUCUGGAGCACUCAUCGACCGUUCUUGCACACGUGACGCCCGCUGAUAGGCGGCCAGCGUUUAGGGGUAGCAAUGUGCGAUGCUUGGCUUCAAGCUCAGCUGGCGACGGUGGAGCGACAGCUGGAGCUGAGUCAGCAGUUGCUGACGUGGCAGCCGCGUCGUCAGCUGAAGCAGUAGCUGACGUGGAACAGACGAGUGGACAGAAAGCCGGCAGCGUGGCUUCUGGGAGCGGGAAUGGCGGGAAUGCGGAGGCGGGGAGGCGCAGGGAGCGGCGGAUGGUGAAGGAGUUUAAGAAGCGGCUGAGGAUCGCGGAUAUUAAGAGCGGGCCGGACGAAGGGCUGGGCCAGGUUGGGCGCCACGUGGAGCUCCGUGGUUGGGUGCGGACUGUGCGCUCCCAAAAGGCCUUUUCUUUCAUUGAGCUCAACGAUGGCUCCUCUCUCUCAGGCAUUCAGGUGGUCGCCACACCUGAGAUCGAAGGCUACCAGGAGGUGGAGGGUGGCGGCAUCACCACAGGCGCAGCAGUGUCAGUGGAAGGGGAGGUGGUGGAGAGCCAGGGCAAGGGGCAGAAGAUCGAGAUCAAGGCGCAAAAGCUCACUCUUGUGGGCGGCAGCGAUGGCAGCACGUACCCACUGCAGAAGAAGCGCCAUUCCUUGGAGUAUCUUCGCACCAUAGCGCACCUCAGGCCCCGCACCAACACCAUCGGCGCCGUGUCUCGGGUGCGCAGCGCACUAGCGCAGGCGUCCCACCGCUUCUUCCAGUCGCACGGCUUCGUGUGGGUGGCGUCACCCAUCGUCACUGCGUCCGACUGUGAGGGAGCCGGGGACCAGUUCAGAGUGACCACGCUGCUCCCAGGAUCUCCAGACGCCUCCACGCCAGUGAAAGCCAUUCCCACCACUAAGGACGGAUCUGUGGACUGGUCCCAGGAUUUCUUCAAGCGCCCAGCGUACCUCACAGUGUCGGGUCAGCUCAACGCGGAGAUCUACGCUUGUGCUCUGCACGACGUGUACACAUUCGGUCCCACGUUCCGCGCUGAGAACUCCAACACCUCUCGGCACCUCGCAGAAUUCUGGAUGAUAGAGCCUGAGCUGGCAUUUGCUGACCUGGCAGAUGACAUGGCAUGUGCCACGGCAUACCUCAAGUACAUUCUCCGGGAAGCCAUGGGCGAAUGCGAGGAGGACUUCAGAUUCUUUGACAAGUUUGUGGAGCCGGGGAUCAUCCAACGGCUCACAUCGGUGGUGGAGAGUGAGUUCGAGCACGUGCCCUACACCGACGCCAUCAGCAUACUGAAGAAAGCCAAGACCAAGUUCGACUAUCCGGUGGAGUGGGGCAUCGACCUGCAGAGCGAGCACGAGAGGUAUCUCACAGAGAAGGCAUUCAAGAACCGACCAAUCAUUGUCACCGACUACCCCAAGGACAUUAAGGCGUUUUACAUGCGGCUCAAUGACGAUGGCAAGACCGUUGCUGCCAUGGAUGUGCUUGUGCCCAGGGUGGGGGAGCUGAUAGGUGGCAGUCAGAGGGAGGAGAGGCUGGAGGUCCUGGAAGGGCGGAUGAGGGACGUGGGGCUGGACCCCCAGGCCUACUGGUGGUACCUCGACCUCCGGAGAUACGGCUCAGUUCCGCAUGCGGGGUUCGGCCUGGGCUUUGAGCGCCUGGUGCAGUUUGCAACGGGCGUUGAGAACAUUCGCGACGCCAUCCCCUUCCCCCGUGUGCCUGGAUCGGCUGACUUCUGAGUAUCUGACAACAGGCUAAGGAUGGGAGUACCAAUUACACUAACUAGCAGCUGCUUUGGCUUGGAAGAAUUUUGGCCGUCGACUCGUGGACCCAUUUGUAGUCUGAACACUUCCAUCUUAGUCGAGAGUUGGUGAAUUACAUUUACCUCAUGUUGUGUCCAUGAUGCGAUGGGAGCGAUGUGAGAUGUGAAUAUGGUAGAGUUGAAAAACAUGGAGAAUUGUAGCUGUUUUGAACACUUCAUCCAUGCGAUUGAGAGCUGAUUGUCGC